AUGAAAAAACCAACAAAGACACCGGAAGCAACGAUUUCUGCGUCGGGGCUCUUGUCCUCGUUUAGGUUCCACGUUCCACCUACACCUAGAAACUCUCCUCCGUAUCCCGUUCGAUACAAGAUGAGAAUAAUUAACACUUUUAUACUGAUACUGCCAACCGACACUACGGAAACCAUGGAACUGGGUCUUGACAUAAAAGAUGACCAAAUAUCGGAAAUGGAAGCUUGUGUAGACAAGAUAGAUUUUCUUGCAGCUGCAAAGGAAGAGAAGGCUACAAGACACGAUGUUAUGGCUCACGUGCACGUGUUCGGUACACAAUGCCCCAAAGCUGCUCCGAUUAUUCAUCUUGGAGCUACUAGUUGUUACGUCGGUGAUAAUACCGAUCUCAUUCAACUCAAACAGGGAUUUAACAUCCUGUUACCGAAGCUGGGUGGUGUAAUCCAGCGACUUGCCAGAUUCGCUGAAGAACACAAAGAUCUCCCGACUCUGGCAUUCACGCAUCUUCAGCCAGCUCAACUGACGACCGUCGGCAAGAGAGCAACUCUCUGGCUACAUGAUUUACUCGCGGAUGAGUACGAUCUUAGAGAAGCCCGCGAUAGAUUGAAAUUCCGCGGAGUAAAGGGCACAACCGGGACACAAGCUUCAUUUCUUCAGCUGUUUAACGGUGAUUCCACAAAAGUUAAACAACUUGACGCAUUGGUAACUCAAAUGGCUGGAUUUGACGAAUAUUAUUCCGUUACUGGUCAAACCUACAGCAGAAAAGUUGACAUCAAAUGCGUGGGCGUACUGGCAUCUCUUGGCGCUACUAUUCAUAAAAUCUGCACUGACAUCAGACUUUUAGCCAGCAUGAAAGAAGUAGAAGAACCAUUUGAAUCAACGCAAAUUGGUUCUAGCGCGAUGGCAUACAAGCGGAACCCAAUGCGUUCCGAACGUUGCUGCAGUAUUGCGCGUCAUCUGAUGAGUCUCCAAAACAACACUCUCCAAACAGCUGCGAGUCAGUGGAUGGAACGAACUUUGGAUGAUUCUGCCAACCGGCGAAUCACUCUUGCUGAAGCUUUUCUCUCCGCAGACGUGAUCCUGAUGACUCUACAGAACAUCACAGAAGGUCUUGUCGUUUACCCGAAAGUAAUUGCGCGACACAUUACCCAGGAAUUGCCUUUUAUGGCAACUGAGAACAUCAUCAUGGCGAUGGUAAAGGCAGGAGGAGAUCGACAAGUGUGUCACGAGAAGAUACGAGUCUUAUCUCAUGAAGCUGGUGCUCAGGUCAAGCAGCACGGCCUAGACAACGAUCUUGUUGAUCGAGUCAAAAAAGAUCCCUAUUUCAAGCCGAUUUUGAACAAACUCGAUAGUCUUCUGGAUGCCUCGACAUUCAUUGGUCGUUCUUCUGAGCAAGUUGUAGAAUUUCUUCAAAAGGAUGUUCAGCCAGUCUUGGAGAUCUACGCUGGACAGGAGCAAAGACGUGUUGAUCUUAAUAUUUAA